UUUGAGCCUCUUGGCUUGCCGUACGGACGCGGUGGGCCAAAACGCGCGGUGUUUUGUUUGCUUGGUCACGUGGUUCCCAGGGUUCGGCCCGGUUCCGAAGCAGCCGGGAUGUCCGCUCUGCGCCUGCAAAGGAGCGGCCGCGUGCACGCCGCCAUGCAGCGGCUCUACAGCCUGAACGUGGCCGCGCCGCUGCUGCGCACGCACGCGUACGUGGACGGACAAUGGGUUUCCGCGGCCGCCGACUUCCCGGUCCUUGACCCGGCCACCGGGCACGAGCUGGCCCAGGUGUCGGACUGCGGGCCGGAGGAGGCCACGCGGGCUGUGCGGGCCGCGUACACGGCGUUCCACACCUGGAAGCGGGUCACGGCGAAGGAGAGGAGCGUCCUGCUGAGGAGGUGGUUCGACCUGCUGACGCAGCACAAGGAGGACCUCGCCAAACUGAUCACCUUUGAGAGCGGAAAGCCCAUGAAGGAGUCCCUCGGGGAGGUGGCGUACUCGGCAGCUUUCCUGGAGUGGUUUUCGGAGGAGGCGCGGCGCAUUUACGGAGACAUUGUGCCAUCAUCAGCUGCAGACAGGAAGCUCCUCCUCCUCAAACAGCCAGUGGGCGUGGCCUCCAUCAUCACACCGUGGAACUUCCCGAGCGCCAUGAUCACCCGGAAGGUGGGCGCGGCUCUGGCAGCCGGCUGCACGGUGGUGGUCAAACCGGCCGAGGACACACCGCUGUCUGCGCUGGCUCUGGCAGAGCUGGCGGAGAAGGCAGGGAUCCCCGCCGGCGUCUUCAACGUGGUUCCCUGCUCCAGAGAGCAGACCCCCGCCGUGGGGCAGGUCCUGUGCACCGACCCGCUGGUGGCAAAGAUCUCCUUCACCGGGUCCACGGCCACAGGGAAGCUGCUGCUGAAAAUGGCGGCCGACACAGUCAAGAGGGUUUCUAUGGAGCUUGGUGGCCACGCCCCCUUCAUCGUCUUCGACAGCGCUGAUGUCGACAAAGCAGUGGGCGGAGCCAUGGCCUCCAAGUUCAGGAACUCUGGCCAGACGUGCGUGUGCUCCAACCGCUUCCUGGUGCAGUCUGGGAUCUACCAGCUCUUCCUGGACAAGCUGGGCCGCGCCAUGGACGCCGAGCUCCGCCUGGGUCACGGCUCGGAGCCAGACACCACGCAGGGGCCGCUCAUCAACGCCAGGGCGGCGGAGAAGGUGCUCCAUCAGAUAUCCGACGCCGUGUCCCGCGGCGCCAGAGUGCUGAGAGGCGGGAAGCGCCGGGAGGGGUCCUUUAUGGAGCCGACGCUGCUCGCCGACGUCUCCACGGAGAUGCUGUGCGCCAGGGAGGAGACCUUCGGACCGCUGGUUCCUGUCAUCAGGUUUGAGACGGAAGAGGAGGCGGUGGCCGUGGCGAACUCUGCGAACGUGGGGCUGGCAGGUUACUUCUACUCGCAGGACGUGAGUCAGAUCUGGAGGGUGGCGGAGGCGCUGGAGGUGGGGAUGGUCGGCGUGAACGAGGGGCUCCUCUCCGCCCCCGAGGCCCCCUUCGGGGGGGUCAAACAGUCCGGGUUGGGGCGCGAGGGCUCCAAGUACGGCGUGGACGAGUACCUGCAGGUGAAGUACAUGUGCUUCGGAGGACUGAAGCCCUGACGGGCCCAAACCCAAGAGGGGUCUCCAAGUCCUGCUCAGGUCCAGACCCAUGUGAUCAUCAGACUGCUGGUUCCGGUCCAGACCGAGUAGCUCGAUAACAUAGAUGUUGUGAUCAUGUGUUUGCCUCCAGCAUCAUACCCACCUGUACUGGUUCUGUCCUCGUCUGUCAUGAUCCGGUCCACAGGUGGUUCCUCCUGCUCAGCAGGGGGCAGUAUGCGCUCUUCUCACGGGUUUACCGUCCAGUUAACGAGAGGCGGGUUUGUGAUGGUUCUGGUUCUGAUCAGAUCUGAUUAAAGAGAAAAUAAACCUUUUUAAAUGUCUUUUAAUGUCUACUGAAAUGUAGAAUGUGUCUGGAGCGUCCUGUAGGUCUCUGUUGGUGUGGAGGCGGAGUCUGUUGACCCUCUGUUUUCUGACGUAGUUCCUCCUGCUGUCCACGUUUGGAUCUGUUCAUGCUUGAAUAAAAACACUAAUCGUC